UGGACUAAAAAGGUAAAUAAAAUAACAUGACGCGUAAAAAUGGGCGAAAACGGAAAUCUCCACAUCAAUGGUGCUUUAAUUUGGACUUUGUACUACACUCUCAUCAACGAUUCGCCUGCGAUAUUUUCUCUAGUCCAAUGUUGCAUGGAUUUCAGGCGGUAAAUUAAUUACUUUUACGAGUGGGCUUAGUUUUAAAGGCUUGUAACUGGAAUGUGCGUUUGGUUUAUAUAUUGAUGCACAUAAAGAAACUGUGAGCUUCAAGCUUCAUUAGACGUUCAAAUAUUGUCAAGAUGGAACCUCUGUGGAAGCUUGUAUACUUGUUAGAGCCGGCUCCUGUCACCCUCAUUUUGACCGCAGUAGCUGUGACAUUUGGAUCUGCCUUUCGAGCUUUAAAUUAUGGGAAAGAUAUGGAGAAAAAUCGUGACAUGUCAGAAGCAACCAUCACUUUGGACAGAUCACAAGCUCUUAUGAUACCUGUAAUGAGCUCUUGUAGCUUGCUUUUGAUGUUCUACUUAUUCUCUUCCGUUUCACAACUCCUCACUGCUUUCACUACAAUUGCAUCCGCAUCAUCUCUGUACUUCUUUCUGUCACCUUUUAUUGCUCACCUGAAGUCACGUUUUGGUUUGGCGGACCCACACGUAUGUCGGUGUUGCUCCAAGGCCUUUACACGGAUUGAAGGGCUUCUUUUGUUGCUGUGCUCUGCAAUUGUUGUGGCAUGGCUUAUAUCUGGGCAUUGGUUGUUAAACAACUUGUUGGGAAUCUCUCUUUGUGUUGCAUUUGUGAGUCACGUGCGUCUUCCCAACAUUAAAAUAUGUGCAAUGCUCCUUGUCUGUCUGUUCGUUUAUGACAUAUUUUGGGUCUUUUACUCUGAAAGGAUUUUUGGUGCAAAUGUGAUGGUUUCAGUAGCUACUCAGCAAGCAUCCAACCCUGUUCACACAGUGGCUAAUAGCUUGAGUCUUCCUGGUUUGCAAAUGAUCACGAAAAAGCUGGAGUUGCCGGUUAAGAUUGUGCUCCCAAGAAAUUUGUUAGGUGGUAUAGUUCCUGGAAAUAGUGCUAGUGACUUCAUGAUGCUUGGUCUUGGCGACAUGGCUAUUCCUUCGAUGCUUUUAGCACUAGUUCUUAGUUUUGAUCAUAGAAAGGGGAAGGUUUCUGUGAGUCCCUUGGAUAUACAGUCUUCUAAAGGACAUAAAUACAUCUGGUAUGCCCUCUCCGGAUAUGCAAUAGGUCUGAUAACUGCUUUGUCAGCUGGUCUUUUGACACACUCUCCUCAACCGGCCCUGCUGUAUCUGGUGCCGUCUACUCUUGGGCCUAUAGUAGUUAUAUCAUGGAUGAGAAGAGAGUUGACAGAGCUUUGGGAAGGAACACCGCCAAACAUGAACGACAAAGUUCAUUUAACUGAAGUGUAGAUUAUAUAAUUUCAUGAUUUGUUCAUGUGAUACUAUCCUCAGCUCUUUCAUGCCCAGCUGACUGGCGCCUGUAAAUGUUGAUGGGACAAUGUUUGCCUUGAGGUGACAAAUUAACUUCAAGAUCAUGAGAAAGAAAUUUGCUUAGGUUCA